AUGUACACCACCUCAGCAACAAAGGCUAAACGGCGCCACCCGCGCCCCGAGCUCACCGACGAGCAAAAGCAGGAAAUCAAGGAGGCGUUCGAGCUCUUCGACACCGACAAGGACGGCUGCGUGGACUACCACGAACUGAAAGUCGCUAUGCGCGCUCUGGGCUUUGAUCUGAAGAAAGCUGAAGUAUUGAAAAUUCUCCGUGACCACGAUAAGACAGGGCACGGACUGAUGGACUUUGAGGACUUCGCCAAAAUCAUGAGUGAACGGAUAUUAGCGCGUGACCCCAUGGAGGAGAUACACCGCGCCUUUCAGUUGUUCGAUGACGACAACACCGGCAAAAUUAGCCUGAGAAACCUACGGAGGGUUGCCAAGGAAAUUGGUGAUCGCCUCGAGGACGAUGAGCUGCAAGCCAUGAUAGACGAGUUCGAUCUUGAUCAAGACGGCGAGAUUAACGAGCAGGAAUUCAUGGCCAUCAUGACGGAUGACGCAUAG